UCUUUCCUUUCUUCUCCCCCAAUCCAAUCCAACUCCACAAAGUACCCAAACCGAAGAGCCAAGAAGAACGCCAAGCUACCUCGUCGCCGACUGAUCAGGAUGGCCGGAUCGAUGGAACUCCCCGCCAAGGGCGGCUUCAGCUUCGACCUGUGCCGCAGGAACGCCAUGCUGGAGAAGAACGGCCUCAAGAUGCCCGGGUUCAGGAAGACCGGAACCACCAUCGUCGGCCUCGUGUUUCAGGAUGGUGUAGUUCUUGGGGCAGACACAAGGGCAACUGAGGGUCCUAUAGUUGCUGAUAAGAACUGCGAGAAAAUUCAUUUCAUGGCACCGAACAUAUACUGCUGUGGUGCUGGAACUGCUGCUGACACGGAGGCUGUGACAGAUAUGGUCAGCUCCCAGCUACAGCUUCACCGUUAUGCUACUAGUCGCGAGUCAAGAGUUGUGACCGCCCUUACACUACUGAAGACACACCUGUUUAACUACCAAGGUCAUGUUAGUGCUGCCCUGGUUCUUGGCGGAGUAGAUGUAACUGGACCACAUCUUCACACUGUUUAUCCACAUGGUUCCACAGAUACUCUUCCUUUUGCCACGAUGGGUUCUGGAUCCCUUGCUGCAAUGUCUGUGUUUGAAUCGAGGUACAAAGAAGGCCUCACUAGGGGGGAGGGAAUACAACUUGUAGCUGAUGCAAUAUGUGCUGGUAUCUUCAAUGACUUGGGGAGUGGCAGCAACGUGGAUGUUUGUGUAAUAACCAAGGGGAAAACGGAGUACUUGAGAACCCACCAGGAACCAAAUCCAAGGACUUACGCUAGCUCGAAGGGUUUUAGCUUCGCGAAAGGUCAUACUGAGGUAUUGUCCACAAAGAUCACACAGCUCAAGCUAAAGCCUGAGGUCACCGAGGGUGAUGCCAUGGAAGAGGAGUAAUCUUACGUGCUUGCAUUCGGAUCAGCAGUUGUAUUACGAAUUUGUGUAAUUUCUAUUUUUCUCAUUAGAUAUGCUAGACCAUAAAAGAUGUAUGUAGUUUCUUUUUGUACCUGCUGAACUUAGUGGAAAACUAUUAUGUCAAAGAUGUUCACGUAUGCUUCUUGAUGCAGAUGUAAGGAUUUACUAGUUUGUGAUGCUAGUGUUUGUGCCAUGUCAGUAUUUC